UUGCCCUGAUGAAGGCUGCACGCUGAAACAUGUAGGCAUUUUACUUGUUCUGUAACGAACAAGCCAAUUAAUAAAGGCUUUUUAAUGUUAAUAACAGAAAAGCUGCCUUAGUCCAUCUGCUGCACCUUCUUGGUUUUACUCCAGAUUUUUACCCACUUGAGCGCUCAGCUGAUUUGUUUUUUUGUUUGUUUGUUUGUUUGUUUUUUAAUGAAAUUUUAUUUUAAUCUGAAAAACACCAGCGUUACCAAGGCAACGCGCUUCAUCCUUAUUCACCGCGUUUUCCGCCACUUCACUUCCCACCAGACUACACUUGAGAAGUUGCAUGCCCUGGGCUUGAAGCCAAUGCUGCUGAUUGGCUACCCAAAGACCUCAAAAGUCAUGAUGCCACAACAUGCCCAUCUCACUACAGCAGCAAAGACCUGCCUUGACAACAUGGAGGCAGUUUUCAAACUGAUGGUUGAAGGUUGGACUCGACUCAACCCAGACCAACCUGAAGACCCCUCCAGACUGUCACUGCCUCAAGACCCACCCAACCAACCACUUAAAGAAGAGGAAAUAUUUGUCUUUGAGUUUGUGCCUUGUGACACAUCACCCAUCACCCAUAACCAACCAACCCUUCAGGAGACAGCAGACCCACCACCACCACAACAGGCUGCAUCCGAACAACCACCACCACAACAGGCUGCAUCCGAACAACCACCACCACAACAGGCUGCAUCCAUCCAGGAACCAGCACACCAGGUCCCAGCUAUGCAGCUACCACAGCAAGUUACACAGCCCCAUAAAAGAACCAAAAGAAUGGAAGACUGCCCUCACAACCAGCUUGAAACCUUCCCAGUCCGUGGAAUACUACAGACAAGGAACAGAGAGGGGAGGAAGGAACACCUUUAUGACUGGGAGCCCUGCACCUUAUGUGGGAAGACCUGGCUUCCAUCCUGGGAGCCAGCCUGAUACAGCCAGCCUGCAAAUAUGCAGCAAUGCACCACACAUUGAUUUGUGUUCAGUUCAUGUAUAUGAUGUUUAUUUUGUUAGUGGUAAAACGUUACUAAGUACAUGUACAGGGAGUACUUGCACUUUACCUGACGUACCUAUUUUCAUUUGAUGCAACUCGUUUAUGAGGGAAUUAUUGUAUCGACUCUGCUACAUUUUACUUUUUUUUAUUGCGUUGUGUGGUUAGAGCUGUUAUGUAAUUUGUAUUACUUGUGAUGUUAUUUCAAUAAAAAAAAAACGAUGAAA